AUGACAUCACUAUACUCAGCUCAAUUUGAUGCUGCUUCAUUAUCCAUAUAUUUACAUUGUCCGUUAAUAGCAUCCAGUUAUGAUAUUUACUACAUGUUUCCUGCUCAAGCUACUAAAACUGAAGCAAAUAUUAUGCAAGAAUUAAUCUACGUCCCGAUCCAUCUCCUAGAUUUUUUUAGCUGCAAAGAUGAUGGUAUUAUUUUGUCUCAUGUUUUCCACCAAAAGUUUUCUCGUAUUUCGUCAGUUGUACCCCAUUUACGACCUUUAUUAAGUGUACUGUAUGCUGGGCGAUUUGAGGUACGUGCUAAUGUGUGUAAGCAGUUAAACUAUAGUACGACAGAUUACUCCAACUACCCUAGUCCUCAUUUACAUGAAUGGUUUGUUCUAGUUAACUGGUUGAUAAAUUCAUCCAAUGUAAAUUAUGUUACACUUUAUGAGUAUGUUAUUCAAGCACAUCGUACUGAAGAACGAAAAAGUGUGACUGAGUAUCUUCUGGAUUGUAUUGCGGUUUUUAUGGAUAAUGUUCUAGAAAAUGGACUUGAAAUAGCAUCUCACUUUUGUUUAGUAAACUCCAGUUCCAAUGUACCUAAGGGUGGUAGGCUAAUUGAGAUUAGUGAAGAAACUAAUGCUCCAGUAAGCUCACAACAUAUGGAUCGUCUGACCAAUCAACUCAACGCCAAACAGCCAAUAAAGUUCAAUUUUACUCAUGAUUGGCCUCGUAAUUUGACAGAACUAUAUCGAAAGGUUAAACUUUCUCCAGCUAUUAUUGAUAUUUUACACCACUCCAUUAGAAAGCCGUUUCUGUCAGUUCAUGCUUACUCCGUCAAUUUACGCCUACUUGUUUACCGAAUUCUUUACGGAGUAGAGCACUGUGCAGGUGUAGAACUAAAUCCAAAUAUAACUGAGUACACAUGGGUCGGUGAUGAUAUGUUAACCGAGCUCCCUCUCACAAUUAGUCCUCUUAUGAAUUCAAAUAAAAGUAAUUCAGUUGAUGAAAUAGUAAGCAGUCAGUUGAAUAUUCCUCUUCCGCAACACACACCCCAACCUGAUUGGAUUUUUACUUUGGCUGUAACUUUAGCAAUUUGGCAUCAACAACAUAUCAGUAAUACUGACGAAGGCCAUGAACGUCAUUUCGAAAAUUCCCCAAUUGGUUUAGCUAUUGCAACUUGCGUUGUAGUCAAUGUUUUCAAUAUUGAUUUCAUGAGUAGCAAUCUACAUGAACAUUACACACGGUGGAUUGACUUCAUCAGAAACGAAAUAUCACUUGCUUCCGAACGUGCUUCGUCACUACAUCAGUCUCCAUCAUCUUGUACGAACAAACCGCCCUUCGGUAAAUAA